UUUUUGUAUAUAAUCAACUGUGGAUCGGAAUGGAUUUUGACCUCGAUGAGCUUUACAGAUGGAUCGACGAUCACAAAAUUACACGCCAGAAACGCAACUUAAACCGAGAUUUCUCGGACGCUUUGCCUUUGGCAGAAAUUUUGAAGACGCAUUUUCCCAAGCUGGUCGACCUUCACAACUACGCCCCGAGGAAUUCAUUGCAGCACAAAUUGAUCAAUUGGGACAUGAUCAACAAAAAAGUGUUAAAUAAAUUAAAAAUUAACUUGACCAGCAACGAACAGGAGCAGCUAGCUAGAGGCAAGCCAGGCGCUAUAGAAAAACUACUGAUGAAAAUUAAGGUAAAAAUUGAAAAGUCCGCCCAUAAAGAUGAAAGUUCUUCGACAAAAACUUUAUUCUGGGAUGGGGUAAUCGACGACCAAACUAAUCAAGGCGUAGUUCCUGUUAAAAUUAUGAGUGGUACGAAAACGAUGAAUCAAAAAAUGGUACCCGCUGAGGUAUUUGAUCGUAUGGAACUCGAUUUGACUGAAAAGGAUAGCCAAAUUGUCGCACUUAAAGAUAAAGUGGAACAUUUGGAAAAGAUGGUUGUGGUCAAGGAUGAAAGGAUAAAAGAUUUGACGCAACAAUUACAAUCAAUAAUCAACGAUCCCGCGAAGGGGGACAAUUGCAUUUCACCAAGGGCCAGAUUUUUUAAUAAAAUAUUUUAG